AUGUAAACAUCUUUACCAAAAGUAAGAUUGUAAAGUGAAUAUCCAGUAAAAAAGGUUGUAAGUCCUUAGAUUGAGUUACCUGCUGAAUUUAUUUUAGUUGAAAAGGCAGGGUAGGGUAGUUUUGGAGAGAUUUACAAAAUUUAUAAUACAAUAACUAAAACUUUGCAUGCAUGCAAAGUGGAAUUUAAAGAUUCUAGAUAAUAAAGUCAAUAGUCGUUGCUAGUUAAAGAAUACAAUACAUUAAUGUAAUUGAAGGGAAUUCAAUAAAUACCUCAACCAUACUAAUUGAUUUAACAGUAGGAUUACAAAUUAAUAAUAAUGCCAUUCUAUGGUUCAGGUAAAGUAGUUAUUAAUAAAAGGUAAUUUGGAGGAGCUGCGAAAAAAAUAAUAAAAUGAGAAAUUCUCAGAAACUAGUAUUAUUAGAUUGGCUUACUGUUUGAUUACAGCAAUUGAAGCAGUUCAUGAAAGAAAAUUUGUUCACAGAGAUAUUAAGCCUGAAAAUUUCUUAGUUGGGAGUUAUGGUGAUCAUCACACUGUUUAUUUAAUAGAUUUUGGAUUGGCAAAACCAUAUUUAGAUUAAUAAGGUAAUUAAAUUGGUUAAAAAUAGGAAUUCAUAUUCCUUAAGCAGACAACAAAGGAAUGGUAGGAACUGCAAGAUAUACAAGCAUAAAUUCACAUUUAGGGGCUGAGUAAAGUAGAAGAGACGAUUUAGAAGCAAUGUGUUAUGUUCUCUUAUACCUCUAUAAUGGAUAGUUGCCAUGGCAAAAUUUCUCUUGUUAAACGAGAUAAGAGAAGUUUUUGAAAAUACUAGAGGCAAAAUAGAAAUUUGCUGCAGGUUAAUUAGAAAUUAAUAUCCCUCCAAUUCUAAAGCAAAUAUAUGAUCAUUCAAAAGGACUGAGAUUUGAUGAACAGCCUAAUUAUGCAAAGAUGAAAGAAAUAUGCAAGGAAGGACUCAAUAAAUCUAGUAAUUAAUAAUUAAAUUAGGACCUUACUGUUUUGAUUGGUGUGCAUAAGAUUGUAAAUUUAAACCUUAUGAUGAUAUGAAUGAUGGAUUUAGUGAAUUGGCAAGUGAGUUUUCUACAUUUAGAAAAUAACAAAGAGGUUAAACAACCGAUUAGAUAAGCACAAACAUCAAAAAGAUAUAGCCAUUUAAAUAAAUAGAAGAAGAAGAUGAAGAAUCUAUGAAUGAAUUUCCUAAUGUUCAAAAAAUUACCAAGUUUUAUUAAAACAAAAAACAUUGA